GGAUGAUGGGAUUCGGGGGCGGGGCUGGCAGAGCAAGAUGGCGGCGCCCAUGGAAGUGGUGGUGUGUACAGACUCCGCGGCGCAGCAAUGGAGCUGCGUGGUGUGGGAGCUUCAUUCGGGCGCCAACCUGCUCACCUACCGAGGCGGCCUAGCGGGGCCGCGAGGCCUGGCGCUACUCAAUGGCGAGUACCUGCUGGCGGCGCAGCAGGGCAAGAACUACAUCUGCGCUUGGGAGCUGCAGCGCAAGGACCAGCUCCAACAGAAAAUCAUGUGUCCUGGGCCUGUCACCUGUCUGACCACGGCACCUAACGGCUUGUAUGUCCUGGUAGGAGUUGCAGAGAGCAUCUACCUGUGGGAGGUCUCCACCGGGAACCUCCUGGUCAUCCUCAGCCGCCACUACCAGGAUGUGUCAUGCUUGAAGUUUACAGGGGAUGGCAGCCAUUUUGUCUCCGCGGGCAAGGACUGCCUGGUGCUGGCCUGGAGCCUCUGCAGUGUGCUGCAGGCAGACCCGUCCAGGAUCCUUGCCCCAAGACACGUCUGGUCCCAGCACACGCUCCCAAUCACAGAUCUGCACUGCGGCUUUGGAGGCCCCAUGGCCCGGGUGGCCAGCGCAUCACUGGACCAGACCGUGAAGCUCUGGGCCGUCUCCUCGGGAGAUCUGCUACUGUCUGUCCUAUUUGACACGGGCAUCACGGCUGUGACCAUGGACCUGGCUGAGCACCACAUAUUUUGUGGAGGCAGCGACGGCUCCAUCUUCCAGGUGGACCUGUGCAGCUGGCCUGGACUCAGAGAGCACAGCUUCCAGCCCGAGCAGAACAACACAGGGAAAGUCUUCAAAGGACACAGGAACCAAGUGUCGUGCCUGUCGGUGUCGGCAGACGGCAGUGCCCUGCUCUCCGGCUCCCACGACGAGUCAGUGCGGCUGUGGGAUGUGAGGAGCAAGCAGUGCUUGCGCACAGUCACCCUCAAAGGCCCAGUGACCAAUGCGACGAUCAUGCUAGCCCCGCCCAGCAUGCUGAACCCCGAAUUCAGGCCCAGCCUGCCCCUGCCCCACUUCAACAAGCACCUGCUGGGUGCCGAGCACGGAGAUGAAGCCCAGGGUGGAGGCCUGCGCCUGCAGCUAGGCCUGCACCUGCAGGGCAAAGAGCCUAGCUACCUGGAGCGUCUGGAGCAGCUGCAGGCUGUCUUGUCCGGCUAUCUGGAGAAGAACAUGCUAGGCAGCCAGAUGCUGCCCGUGCGCGUGUUUGAGCUGGAGGAGGAGGUGCGUAGCCUGCGCAAGAUCAACCGGGACCUGUUCGACUUCUCCACGCGCAUCAUCACACGGCCCUCCAAGUGACGGCGUGCGGCAGCUGCAGUGCAAGCGCUUGCCCUGUGGCUGUGAUCUAGUGUUUUAACAAAGGAUGGACUAAGAAGUGUA